AUGAUUUUUCGAUGCAAAAAAAUGUUUUUGACUUUCCUCAGCAUCAGACAUCCGACACAUCUUUAGCUCCACACAAGGAUUCAAAGUGAUGUUGAGCUAAAAGUGCAACACCUUUAACCCUCUUCUUCUUCUUUUUCUUCUAACAGCUACAGGGGUUUAGAAGAUGUGUGAGAAGCUGUUUGUGAUUGCACUGCUGCUGCUGAUGUGUGUGUGGGUCCUAUGUGCUCAGUCAGUGUCCAGCAGCAACCGAAGCUCUAGGGGACAUCCAGGUGGAGUAAAACCUGGGACAUGUGAAGUGGUGGCUGCACAUCGCUGUUGCAAUAAGAAUAAGAUCGAAGAAAGAUCUCAGACCGUCAAAUGCUCAUGCCUCACUGGACAGGUGGCAGGAACAACCCACGCACGACCGUCAUGUGUGGACGCAUCUAUCGUGCAUCUGAAGUGGUGGUGUCAGAUGGAGCCAUGCUUGGAGAGUGAGGAAUGUAAAGUUCUUCCUGACCUCACCGGCUGGUCCUGCAGCUCUGGGAACAAAAUCAAAACCACCAAAGUGAGCAGGCCACCCAGGGCUACAAAAUCAAAUUAAUUUCCAUCAUCUAUAAGUAGUCUCAUCUGGCUGACCUUUUCAGAAGUCAUGCGCUGAUCUCCAGCAGUAAUGUACAACAAUGUCUGGAGUCCAAGAAAUCCACCCUCGACUCUGGCUGCUAUGAUUGCUGGAUUUCUGCUCUUAGGCAGCCUGUAAAUGUUAAUGGCUACAGGAAUAGAGUUGGAUAUUGCGCCCACAGAUGCUGGGAAUCCACACAGAAGUGGUUAUUAGUAUUACAUUUGUACUGAACCUCUUAUUCUUUCUUGCCCUCUGUUCUGUUUUGCACAGCCAUCCACAACCACCUACAGCUACAAGUAAUGAGAAUACACAGAUGUACACAAAUGAGAGCAUGUCUGAAGAAUAUAUGUAUAUUCUUAAUGAAAUAAUGUAAAGGUUAUUUUUUGUUCAUAUAAGCAAUUAUGAGCAAUUAUAAUUCCUUUUUAGAUUAUUAUCUUAAAUAUUCAUUCCACCACUUACAAUCUAACAAAUUAAGACGUUUUCCCUCUACAUUAACCUUAUAUGUCACUGUAUUACAGACUUAGAAUACUUCCUGGGGAGUUUGGGUCACUGGGUCAUUCAUGUUGACAUAUCUCAAAGUUACAUGAUUGUAUUAUUCUCUUCAUGCAUAAUGAUACUAUUCUUGCUUUUGACACACACACACACACACACACACACACACACACACACACACACACACACACACAUGUCCACUCUGACACAGUGUACAGUCCCAGCACAGCUCCCUGCCUCUGACAGCCUGACUAAGCGAAACAUGGAAAUAUUCAAAUAAAGCCCUAACACACAUACACACACUCACCCACUUGCCGGCCCCAUUUAUUUUCCAUCUGACUGGUUUGACACACCGCCUGCAAGCCUGUGGAGACAACUAUGGCACUCAGUAUGGC